CAGUUGAUAAAAUCGAAUGCGCCGCAAGGAGGAGCAAUAUUCCAACUUGUGAAUUCGUGCGAAACUGACGUAAAGCGAGUGUGUUAACUUUUUAUUUUCUCUCAUCGAUAUUGCAUGAUUGCAUGUCAGUGAUUAAAAAUAAAAUACAAAUUAUAACUGAAUAUCAAUUAAUAAUUAAGUGAUAAGUGUGCAAUUAUUUUUUCUAUACUGAAAGAGAAAUUUGCAAAAGAACGAAAAUGCCGGAAGACGUCACCAUGUCAGACGGUGGUGAUGAUGAUGUUGAAACUUAUGCAUUUCAAGCAGAAAUUGCUCAAUUAAUGAGUUUAAUCAUCAACACAUUCUACUCAAAUAAAGAAAUUUUUCUACGAGAAUUAAUUUCAAACUCUUCUGAUGCUUUGGAUAAAAUCCGGUAUGAAUCUUUGACAGACCCAUCGAAGCUCGACGCUUGCAAGGAAUUGUACAUUAAACUCAUCCCUAACAAAAAUGACAGAACACUCACAAUUAUUGACUCGGGAAUUGGGAUGACAAAGUCCGACCUCGUCAACAAUUUGGGAACGAUUGCGAAAUCAGGAACGAAAGCUUUCAUGGAAGCUCUUCAAGCUGGUGCGGAUAUUUCGAUGAUCGGUCAAUUCGGCGUUGGUUUCUAUUCGGCAUACUUGGUCUGCGACAAGGUGACAGUCAUCUCGAAACACAAUGACGACGAGCAAUAUCUGUGGGAAUCGUCAGCCGGUGGUUCGUUCACAGUGCGACAGGACAACGGUGAGCCAAUCGGUCGUGGAACGAAACUCAUUCUCCACAUUAAGGAAGACCAAAGCGAAUAUCUCGAGGAGUCGAAGAUCAAAGAGAUCGUCAAGAGACAUUCACAAUUUAUCGGCUAUCCCAUCAAACUUGUCGUUGAGAAGGAGAGGGACAAGGAACUGAGUGAAGACGAAGAAGACGACGAUGCCGAGAAGAAGGAGAAUGAGGAUGAAAAGCCGAAAAUUGAAGACGUCGGCGAGGAUGAGAACGAGGAAAAGAGCAAGGACGAAAAGAAGAAGAAGAAAACAAUUAAGGAAAAGUACUCCGAGGAUGAGGAGCUGAAUAAAACGAAACCGAUCUGGACGAGAAAUUGCGAUGAUAUUACACAGGAGGAAUAUGGAGAAUUUUACAAGAGUUUGACGAACGAUUGGGAGGAUCAUUUGGCUGUGAAGCAUUUUUCCAUUGAGGGACAACUCGAGUUUCGUGCCCUUCUUUUCGCUCCCCGACGUGCGCCGUUCGAUUUAUUCGAGAAUAAGAAGAGGAAAAAUAACAUUAAGUUGUACGUGAGGCGAGUGUUUAUUAUGGACAAUUGCGAGGAACUGAUACCGGAGUAUCUGAAUUUCAUGAGAGGGGUGGUUGACAGUGAGGAUUUGCCUCUGAAUAUUUCUCGCGAAAUGCUCCAACAGAAUAAAAUUCUAAAAGUUAUUAGAAAAAAUCUAGUUAAGAAGUGUAUGGAACUUUUUGAAGAGUUGUCGGAGGACAAGGAGAACUACAAGAAAUUCUACGAGCAGUUCAGUAAGAAUCUAAAGCUGGGUAUUCAUGAGGAUAGUCAGAAUAGAAAGAAAAUUGGGGAGUUGCUGAGAUAUCAUACAUCGGCUUCAGGGGACGAGAUGUGUUCCCUCAAAGACUACGUCGGAAGAAUGAAGGAGAGUCAGAAGCAUAUCUACUUCAUCACCGGCGAGAGCAAGGACCAAGUGUCGAACAGCUCCUUCGUGGAGCGAGUCAAGAAACGUGGGUUCGAAGUUGUCUACAUGACGGAGCCGAUCGACGAGUACGUGGUGCAACAGCUCAAGGAGUUCGACGGCAAGCAGCUCGUCUCGGUGACGAAGGAAGGUUUAGAGCUGCCCGAGGACGAGAGCGAGAAGAAAAAGUUCGAGGAGGACAAGGCGAGGUUCGAGAAUCUCUGCAAGGUGAUGAAGGACGUUCUCGACAAGAAGGUGGAAAAGGUCGUCGUCUCGAAUAGACUCGUAGACUCGCCCUGCUGCAUCGUGACCUCACAGUACGGCUGGACCGCGAACAUGGAGAGGAUCAUGAAGGCGCAGGCCCUGCGCGACACGUCCACCAUGGGCUACAUGGCGGCGAAGAAACACCUCGAGAUCAACCCCGACCAUCCGAUCAUGAACAACCUGAGGCUGAAGAUCGACGCCGACAAGAACGACAAGGCAGUCAAGGACCUAGUCAUGCUCCUCUUCGAGACUUCUCUUUUAUCCUCCGGUUUCGCACUCGAAGAUCCUCAAGUUCACUCGUCGCGGAUCUACAGAAUGAUCAGACUCGGUCUUGGACUCGAGGACGACGACUCGCCAAUGAUUGAGGAGGAGAAAAUUGACUCUGACGUUCCACCAUUGGAAGGCGAGUCCGAAGAGGCAUCGAGAAUGGAGGAAGUUGACUAAAUCAAAUUCAUUUCGAGAAAUAAUUGAUUCAUUUCGAAAAAUAAUUCAUUCAUUUUAGAAAAAAAUUUACCUGGAACAGCUACAAAUUUAACUGCAAUUGGCGAAAUUUUUUCUUUGUUCAAUAAAUACUUCGGCUAUUUUAGUAAAAAUUAUCGCUGUUUCAGGUGAAAAAUUUUUUUUUUCAAGAAAUAUGCGGAAAAGAAUCUGUACCUGGAACAGUUACAAAUUUGCCUGCAAUUGGCGAAAUUUUUUCUGUUUUCAAUAAAUACUUUCGCUGAUAAGUGAAACUUAUCGCUGUUCCAGCUGAAGAUUUUUUUCCGUAUUUAUGAAAAUUGCUGAAUAAUUAAAAUUUUAACUCAAUCAAUUUAAAGCAAACGAAAAAAUAGAAUGGGGAAUUUUAAAUAGUUGGCAAUCUCCGUAUUCAUUAAUCAUUCCAUUCGCACAUUUAGUUUAAUUUACUAUAAGUUAAAUUAUUCUAGUGUAAGGUCGUUAUAAAUAUAAUUUCGUGAUCAAUAAAUGAAAAAUGUUCGGAAGAAA